AUGACGUCAGCCGCUUUGCACGUGCGAUAUCCAUUCACCACCACGUGGCGUCGCUCCAUCCUCACUCGCCAUAGUCGCACAGACGAUGUAGGAAUGAUGGAAGCGCUGGUGAAAUGGCCCAGCAAACAACAUGUGCUUAGGUUUAGGGUUACGCAUCUCCCCAUCCGAAACAGUGAACAAUACGAAGCCGCGUCCACUUGCACUGCUGACUUUCACUUGCACUUCCUUCCCACCCUUACGGGGUUAUUGGUCGCACGCUCGCUUCGCAAUAUAUUUAACCCUUCAGACUAUCAUCCCUUCGAUCCAUUAUUUUACAGCAACUCCAACCACGCGAUAUCCCCACAACUACCCUCACUCAUGGCGUCGCUACUCAGAGUCUCCAAGUCGACCUUCCUCACUACUCGGGUGGUGCCAGCGAACGACAACGACAUCUUCAAUGACAACAAAUGCGCAUUCUGUUGGGGACCGUAUGACGAUGGUCACCCCGCCGUCCGAGUUCUCCCGUGCAACCAUGUCUUCGGCCAGGACUGUCUGAACGACUUGAUCGAUGCUCCCAAUGGCGACCUCUGCGCUAUCUGUCGAACGCCUCUCUUUCGACCAUCGCCAUUGGUGCUUCUGAAAGCAAUGAUGGUCUCGUGCGUGCACUUUCUGGCCGCGCAAGCAAUUUCACUGUACCUCAAAGCAGUCGCGUUCUUCUAUGAUCUCCCUGGCUGGCUGAAGUUCUGUUUCCGCGCAUUCCGGAUGUAUCUCUGCAGGAAGCAGAUAACGACAUGGAUCCCAAAAGUGAGCGAAGUGGUCCAUCGCUUCACUGGCCUGGCAACUCGCAAUCCAUCUUUCGAUCUUUCUGUCGUCCUCCGCAAACUCACGGUCUUACGAUUUACCGCGGGAAUCACGUACUGGAUACUCUCGUCUUUGAUUGGAAGCCUUCGCUAUCUUCCGUUCAACAUUCCCCGCCCGGAGAACGAUAUCCGAGUAUUCAGCGACUACGCACCGUCUUUGGGAUACGACAAUGCCACAAUCUCUGCUCUACAAAUCUUCAUCACUGCAGCGGCCACAGCGUUUGUUUGGAACAGCUCGGUCUGCGGUCGGCUUGGGAGCAACCAAGAUCGCUGCAUUGUAGGUGCGAUAUUCCUCGCGACGGUGCUGUUCCGCCACAUUGGCGACGUCUGGGUCAUUCUUUGCUUUGCUCAGGGUUGGAAUCCGCGAGAAUCCUGGAUUAGUUUCCUUAUUCUUUGGUGGGGUGGAAAUGUAGUCUAUAUAAUUAUACUAAAAGAGUAG